GCGAAUUGCAUUUUUAAAGUCGUUGCUAAUAUCAGGUCGUUUAUAACCCGGGCGUCUCGCAUCGUAUUAUGGCUUCAACUUAUUAUCAUUAUAUGCUAUUAUAACUAAAUAAACCGACUAUCAUAAGUUUAUCAUAUAAAUACGAGACAUUCUGAGACGAAAUACACGAAAAUGCCACGAGUAAAAGCCUCUCCGAAAAAGUGCAUUAAGGCGAACAUCCAACAGCCCACCAACAAUUGGAUUUUCAUGUUAAAAGGUGAAGCAUUGGAAUUAUCAGAGCAAUACACAGGAAGUGGAACACCAGAUAUUGUUACACUUAGGCAUCCAAACACUGGGGAGUCGGCUGUUUUUCUAUUCUCCCCAGCAAAUAAUUCAGUUCAAGAGAUUUUAACCUUCAACGAAGGAAGACGUUCAUGGUUCAUUGAUGAUUCUGUUAAGAGUGAUGGCAAAAUGCAUUUAUCCACACCAAUAGAUCCCAUAUUCUUAGUACUACCAUAUUUACGAAAGUACUGCAGUAAUCAUGCUAUACCAUUAGAACAAUUACUGAGAGAUGAAGAAUAUCCAGAAACAGAAAGACUGCUUAAAUCUAGUGGAUUGAAAUACCUAAAUUUGAUUUCAGAUAAGAAAAGUGAAGACUUGAACGCAUUUAAAUAUAACGAAGAAAAGACUCUGUCAUGGCUCAAAAAGAAAACUGAACGUGUUGCCGAUAUUUUGAAGCAGAAGAACAUCCACGUUUCAGGUGGCGCAGUUUCUGCGUCUUUCGUAAAAACCACAAAGAAUGAACAAGACAAUGAUUCGUAUUUGCGAUACGCGGCUGGCAUCGUGUCCGAGUAUCUGAUGGAUGAUCUGAGUCAGAAGCUUCUCAAGUUCUUGAAUAUACCGGAGGAGACUCAAGUGAGUCUCAAGAGGAAGAGCAUAUUGGACGGACAGCCCGAUGCGAAGAAAAUUAAAACGGAGGACGAAAACAAAAUGGGCUCGAGCAAUGUAUUGGAUUUGAGUAAACCUGAUAUAAAGCCCAGCAAGCAACUAGUACAAAACACGAAAGAUAAAGCACGAGCGAAGGCGGCCAGCGGUAGUAAAAGCAUAACUUCUUUCUUUAAAAAGACGUGAAUAUAUAUGUUUAAUAUCCAAAUGGUUCUUCCAGUCUAUUUUUAUAAUAGUCUUCAGUUCGGAAACAUCCUCCAUGCGAGUUGCCGUUUUUUUGUAUUUUACUUUCCGUUAUAUAUGUUAAUUUUCUUUUGCGUAAUGUUAUAUCGUCAUAUUACAUCACAAAUGAGGUAUAUUCUCAUUAAAA